CACGUUUGAGGCUGCAUCAAACUGUACGUGACGAUGGGUGCUGCUUCCAGACUUCUAACCUCCCCUGUCAGAUCUGAGAAAGAAAUUCGGUCCGUUUUCCGUACUGGAGCCGUCCUCGUCCCUGACCAUAUUGCAGCGGGGAUAAUGCGAGAGCAGUCCCCAUCCCAUCGAAUCUUCUACUGCCAUUUGACAGUCGUCACCGUAUGUGGAAAUAUGCUCAACUGCCCUCUAUCCUUUCUUCUCAUUCUCCACGUGCAGGAUCGAACAUCGACCCAGUAUAUCCUGGCGAACAUCAAGGACAUGUUGAUGCAUCAGUAUCUCGAGGACGCUUCACUACUGUCCUGAUCUAACCUGUAUUACCACCGUACAUUUAUCCAUUAUCUUUCAUGUACAUCACGCACACAUCUGUAGAAUGAAUCAUGCCUUUCACGACGGCGUUUGGGCGCCGGCAAACUGAGCGUCGCUGGGGAUAACGAGGUCGGGAAUUCCGCAGUGCGGUGUCCAACUACGCAGCCGCCGUCCGUUCCACCAUAGACCCGGCCGACCUGUCCCUCUCCCAGAGAGCUCCCACCUAGCCUCAAACUGCCCUCGCAGCAAUCCCUUCGUCCCACCCAAUGCGGGAUUCCAGACAGCCGAUCCGAUGCCACCCCGGUCUGCUGCCCGUUCUUCGUCCGCCUCCCCCCUCUGCGCCGCAUCAGGGUCGGCAUCUUCCAGUGGUGGCACAUGGAGCAGGAGAAAGGGGACAGGCGAGGACUGUGCGCGCAGAAUAGUAGAUUUGGUGAACGGGGACUCGGAUACAAGCAUAGCAACAAGAGGGUACUGCGGCACAGAGCCUGAGGCGGACGCGUCCGCCGCCGCCAUGUGCCGGUGCAACACGCCUUCCAUCUCGCGCACGUACUUGGGGCUCAUCUUCUUCUUCUCUGCCUUGCACUGCGCGAGGACGCGGAAGCGGCGCCGGUCGUCCCCGCCUGGUGCGUCGGGCGCGCCGGGGCCGAGCAGGGGCGGCAGCCACCACCAGCCCAUGAGGUCGAUCCCACCGUCGGACUUGCCGCCGACGCGGCGCAGGGACAUGGACAUGUGCUCCUGCAGAAGCCCGAGCGCGCGCUCUUCGAAUAGUGUGCCCCUGUGGACUGCGGAGAGGACGGGCGCUGCUGCGGCUACAUUGCAGCGGAUGGAGGAU